CCGGGAGGGGGCGGGGCCUGGGCAGCGGCGCGGGUGCCGAUGGCUCGGGGGCAGCUCCAGUGCCGGAAUCUCCAGGAUUUCCUGCGGGGGCUCAGCCCCAACACCCUGGAUCGGCUCUACGGACACCCCGCGACAUGUCUGGCUGUUUUCAGGGAGCUGCCGGGGCUGGCUCAGGCCGGGGUGCUGCGGAUGCUGUUCCUGGAGCAGCCCCUGCCCCAGGCGGCCGUGGGGCUCUGGGUCAAGAAGGAGCACAGCAGGGAGCAGGAGCAGAGCCAGGAGGUGCUGCUGGAGCUGCGCCUGUGGCACCCCCACACCCUCCGGGGGGCUCCCGGGGGUCGCCCUGAACCCCAACUUCAAACAGAACCUGAGGGUGGCUCUGCUGGGGGGGGCAAGGCAUGGUCGGACGACACGGCGCCGCUGGGCCCGGACCGGCACCGCGCGCGACGUCCCCGCGCUGGAUAAAUACGCUGAGGAGCGCUGGGAGGUGGUUUUGCAUUUCAUGGUGGGGUCACCGAGCGCCGCCGUCAGCCAGGACCUGGCGCAGCUGCUGGUGCAGGCCGGGCUCAUGAAGAGCGAGGGGGGGGAGCCCCCCUGCAUCACCUCGGCCGGGUUCCAGUUCCUCCUGCUCGACACCCCCGCCCAGCUCUGGUUCUUCAUCCUGCAGUACCUGAGGGGGGCUGAGGCGCGGGGGAUGGACCUGGUGGAGAUCCUGUCCUUCCUCUUCCAGCUGAGCUUCUCCACCCUCGGCAAGGAUUACUCUGUGGAGGGGAUGAGCGAGUCCCUGCUCACCUUCCUGCAGCACCUGCGCGAGUUCGGACUGGUGUUCCAGAGAAAGAGGAAGUCCCGGAGGUUCUACCCGACCCGCCUGGCCAUCGCGCUGGCCUCGGGGACAUCGGGGACAGCGCCGGGGACAUCGGGGACAGCGCUGGGGACAGAGCCCGACGGCCACGGCUUCGUCCUGGUGGAGACCAACUACCGGAUCUACGCCUAUACUGACUCGGAGCUGCAGGUGGCCCUCAUCGCGCUCUUCUCGGAGCUGCUCUAUCGCUUCCCCAACCUGGUGGUGGCACAGGUGACAAGGGACAGUGUCCAGGCGGCCAUCGCCAACGGCAUCACGGCUGAGCAGAUCAUUCACUUCCUGCGCACUCGCGCCCACCCCGUGAUGGCCAAACAGAGCCCGGUGCUGCCCCCGACCAUCACGGAUCAGAUCCGGCUCUGGGAGCUCGAGCGGGACCGGCUGCGCUUCUCCGACGGUGUGCUGUACAACCAGUUCCUGUCCCAGGUGGAUUUCGAGGUGCUGCGGGACCACGCCCGCGCUCUGGGGGUGCUCGUCUUCGAGAACCCCGCCCGGCGCCUGAUGGUGGUGACCCCCGCCGGCCACCCCGACGUCAAACGCUUCUGGAAACGCCAGAAACACAACGGCUGACCCCAAAAACCCCAAAAUCCCCGAAAUUCUGGGGUUUGGGAUCCCAAAAUCCCCAAAAUCCGGAGUUUGGGACCCCAAAAUCCCCAAAAUCCGGAGUUUGGGACCCCAAAAUCCCCACCCGGCGCCUCAUGGUGUCACCCCCGCCGGCCACCCCGACGUCAAACGCUUCUGGAAACGCCAGAAACACAACGGCUGACCCCAAAAACCCCAAAAUCCCUGAAAUUCUGGGGUUUGGGAUCCCAAAAACACCAAAAUCCCUGAAAUUCUGGGGUUUGGGAUCCCAAAAUCCCCAAAAUCCGGAGUUUGGGACCCCAAAAACCCCAAAAUCCCGGAGUUUGGGACCCCAAAAUCCCCACCCGGCGCCUGAUGGUGGUCACCCCCGCCGGCCACCCCGACGUCAAACGCUUCUGGAAACGCCAGAAACACAACGGCUGACCCCAAAAACCCCGAAAUCCCCGAAAUCACGGAGUUUGGGAUCCCAAAAACACCAAAAUCCCGGAGUUUGGGACCCCAAAAACCCCAAAAUCCCUGAAAUCCUGGGGUUUGGGAUCCCAAAAACACCAAAAUCCGGAGUUUGGGACCCCAAAAUCCCCGCCCGGCGCCUGAUGGUGUC